UCUCGGCAAAAUGGACCCCAUGAGAAGGAAAAUGGAGAAAAAACAAAGAAAACUACCGUCAGAAUUUGAACAACAAAACGAAGCCCAGCAGAGACCGGAGAUCCUUCUUUCACGUGCCUCGUCAAAAUCAUGUCACCCGCCGUGUUUCGUGGCGUCAGUAGAAACUAGAAAGGCGGCUGCUUUACAAAUACCCAGAGAAGAAGAAGGAAGGAAGGAAGACUGGUAAACCUUUCCUUAGAAGUUUACUUCAUCAGUUCAUCUGGGACCAGAAGAGUAUGCGAAGGUGCCCAUGGUUGAUGCUGUGAGUCUGAACUGGAUCUUUCUCUUCAAUGCAACUAGUUCUGUAGUUUAGCCCAGUGUCCCGUUCGUCUGUGAAGAUGUGAAGAGAAAGAUUUUUUCUGGGUAGAGGGAAGAAAAGCGGUCAGACAGCAAAGGUGGAAGCUUUUGGUUGAUAGGGAAGAUAUCUGGUCUGUGGAUACACCCUAUUCCACAUUCUCCUUUCCCCCAGUUGGGUUUCAUUUAAAGUAUUCAUUCAUAGGGGGUAUCGCCCUUCCACAGUGAACAAAAAUAGAAAGAAAGUUAGCUUGCUUUCAGAGGAUUCUCCGGUCUUGUGUAUAUCAUCGCCGAGUGGGGAUGUACAAGAAAUCUCAGAUAGACAGAUUAGUAGUAGUACUGUAAUGCUGGUUUCUUUUUCGUCAUCGAGAUUUGCGGGUUCUGGUUUUCAGCCAAGCUGGAGGAACUCGGAAGAAGAAGUUGAGAUUUUGAAGGAAAGGUUAUUUGCAAGGAUCAGAUUGUUGCUCUGCGGUGGUGGUGGUGGUGGUCAUGGCAGAAGAAAACCAGCAGGGGACCUUGGAGAAUACAAGAGAAAUGCGCUCAUUAGCUUUGACUCCCACAUGGUCAGUUGCAACUGUGCUAACAAUCUUUGUGGUUGUCUCCUUGAUCGUGGAACGGUUAAUCAAUCGCCUGAGUAAUUGGUUGCGGAAAACUAACCGAAACCUCUGCUUGCUGCUGUGGAGAAAAUGAAAGAAGAGUUGAUGUUGCUUGCAUUCAUAUCACUUUUUCUCACUGCAUCAUCCAGCCUAAUUGCUAAUAUUUGCAUCCCAUCAAAGUUCUACAAUAGUCGUUUUGCUCCUUGCACCACGGCUCAGAUUGAUGAAGAGAUGGAAGAGAACUCCAUUUCACAGGGUCGCAAACUAAAUACGGUUUCUGGCACCCAUCUCCGUAGGAUUCUGAAUAGCUUGGAGCGGAAUACUUGCCAUGAGGGACAUGAACCAUUUGUGUCGUAUCAAGGCCUUGAACAGUUGCAUCGCUUCAUCUUUGUCAUGGCUAUCACACAUAUAUCUUACAGCUGCCUGACAAUGUUGCUGGCUAUUGUCAAGAUCCAUCGGUGGAGGCUGUGGGAACUUGAGGCUUAUAUGGACCGACACGAUGUCUUAACAGAAAUCACAAGGGAGAAGACAUUUCAAAGGCAAACCAGUUUCAUCGGAUAUACUCCAUCAAGCCCUUUCGCGAAGAGCAGGGUUCUCAUGUGGGUGACAUGUUUCUUUCGACAAUUUGGGCAUUCAGUUGUUCGGUCAGAUUACCUUAUUCUCCGCAGAGGCUUUAUCACGAAUCACCACCUUACUCACAGAUAUGAUUUUCAUGGCUACAUGAUUCGCUCCAUGGAAGAGGAGUUCCAAAGGAUAGUUGGUGUUAGUGGUCCUUUGUGGGGAUUUGUCGUUGCUUUUAUGCUUUUCAAUAUAAAAGGUUCUAAUCUUUAUUUCUGGAUAGCUAUCAUUCCUGUAACUCUCGUGCUUCUAGUUGGAGCAAAGCUACAGCAUGUGAUCGCGACCCUGACAUUGGAGAAUGCUGGCAUUUCUGGCUACUUUGCUGGACGAGAGCUGAAACCUCGAGAUGAUCUUUUCUGGUUCAAAAAGCCAGAAUUACUGCUAUCGUUGAUCCACUUUAUUCUAUUCCAGAAUGCAUUUGAGCUGGCUUCGUUCUUUUGGUUCUGGUGGCAAUUCGGAUACAAUUCCUGUUUUAUAGUGAACCAUACUCUCGUUUAUAUACGACUCAUUUUGGGGUUUGCUUGUCAGUUUCUUUGCAGCUACAGUACCUUGCCUCUGUAUGCUCUAGUUACUCAGAUGGGUACAAAUUACAAAGCAGCAUUGAUCCCACAAAGGAUAAGGGACACAAUCCAUGGGUGGGGCAAAGCUGCUAGGAGAAGGAAGAGAAGACAUGGAUUCACCGACGACUCCACCAUACGCACCGACACAAGCACAGUGAUAUCGCUCGAGGAUGAAGACAAUCAUCAGCUUCUCGAUCCUCCUGCUGACACGAACCCUAUUCCAGGAGGGAAUGACCAUCACAUAGAGCUGCAGCCAGCUUCUGCUCCUGAUUCCCUCCAAGCCAGUCCUCUUGGUCAUGUUCCCAACGAAACUUCAUCCCGAGCUGGCACCCCACUCCUAAGACCUUCUGCCUCCUACAUUGCUUCCCCAGUCGCUUCUAGAGUCGUGGUCGAGGACAGUUUCCCUAGGGCAGCAUCUAUGCCUGCUAGUAGAAGAUGAAUGAAGCAAGAAGGAUUGUAGUAGGACAGCCAGUUGUAGAUCAGUAAGGGAGAGUUCGUUCGAACUGCUCUUCCCUCCGUUAUCAUGUAGAGGAGUCGAGAUGUAAAUUUGUCGAAUUUGUAUUGCUAUCAUGGGUACAUACACACUCAUGGUUUUUGGAGCUUGAUUGUACCUGUUUCUCUGUAUGUGUAUGUAACGAAAAUGGUGCGAAUGCAAAGCUCUCGUUCUGAAACAUUUAUCCCCAUUCAUAUUCAUUUAAGUAACAAGAGUAAAUAGAAUCAUUCUGGGAAAUGUGGAAACCUUACAACAGUUGAGAAUGUGCAGAAACUGAAGCAACAGACAUUAUUGUUUUAUUAUUAGCUAGUGAUAUGAUAUUUUCCUUUAUUGGUCUUUGUGUAUUUGUGGUUGCAGAAGCAAAUUUGUUUCAGGGAUUAAUGGCUGCCGGGUUGAAGUUGGUGGUCCAUCCGCAUUGCUGAGAACACUGUUGGCUGCAAACACAACCUCCGGCCCAUGGGCCGUUACCAGGAGGCCCUGAUGGGCUGCCACAAUUAUUACCAGGCCCAGGAGCUGUUGGAGGAUAUGCUGGGCCGCCAGGAGGACCGUACGAGCCGCCACCACUGCCGCUGCCGCUGCCAGAACCGGCACCGUUGCCGCCCCCGCCACCAGUAUUGCCACCGCCGGACCCACCUCCUUCAUUACCAGCUCCGCCACCAUUAUAAUCGCCUCCAUUGUUGCCGCCGCUCCCACCUUCACCGCCAGACCCACCACCGAAAUUACCACCGCUUCCAGCUCCACCGCCGGACCGACCUCCUCCAUUUCCAACUCCACCGCCAUUAUAAUCUCCACUACCACCGCCGCUACCGUUGCCGCCCCCACCUCCACUGCCAGACCCGCCACUGUUGCCGUUGCCAUUCCCUUCUCCACCACCACCGCUAGAUCCGCCACCACUGCCGCCGCCAGAGCCGCCACCACUGCCGUUGCCGCUCCCAUUUCCUUCCUCACCACCAGUACUACCAGACUCGCCACUAUUGCCACCACCGCUGCCGCUGCCGCUUCCGCUUCCUCCACCACCACCGAUACCGCUGCCGCCCCCAAUUCCCGAACCAGACCCUUCACUGUUACCACCGCCGCUCCCUCCUCCGCCAGCAGAUCCGCCGCCGCUACCACUUCCGCUGCCACCUCCCCAGCCAGAUCCGCUACCGCUGCCGCUCCCAACUCCCCAACCAGACCCUUCACCGUUACCACUUCCGCUCCCACUUCCAGCACCAAAUCCUCCACCACCGCUGCCGCCGCUACCAGCUCCCGAGCCAGACCCUUGGUCGUUACCGUUGCCGUUACCGUUACCACUCCCAGCUCCCGAGCCAGACCCUUGGCUGUUACCGUUACCACUCCCAGCUCCACCGCCAAAUCCACUCCCACCGCUGCCGCUGCCAAACCCUUCACCGCCACCGCCGCCAGAGCCACCCCCACCGCCUCCACCGCCACCGCCACCGCUGCCACUCCCACCACCAGCGCCGCCUCCCUCCCGUCCCGCCACCUCCGCCGCCGCCGCUCCC